GGUCAGCGGUUACUAAAAUCAUUAAAAAUGGCGGAUUUCUCAUGGAAAUCGAACACAAUCCUAUAGUUCCCCCUUUCCGGCUUCCUGUACACGGAUAUGAGCAAUUUCGUGUUUAGAUAUGGCAAGGCUUUUGCACAAGGGCUUAUCUUGAGCUUACCUAUUGGAAUUGUGUUGGUAGAUAAUAUUGCGUGCCUGGCUACAGUACAUGGUUCCUCCAUGAAGCCAUCAUUUAAUACUGAUUACAAGACUCGUGAUAUAGUGGUCCUCAACAAAUGGUGUGUGAAAAACUUCAAAGGUAUCAAGAGAGGAGAUGUUGUGUCUAUAGUUGACCCACAUGACCCUGAUAUAAUGUUGAUCAAGAGAAUAGUUGCAUUGCAAGGAGAUCAUGUCAAGGCAAUAGGGUAUAAGAAUAGAUAUGUGAAGAUUCCUAGGGGUCACUGCUGGAUUGAAGGGGAUAAUUCGAAUCACAGCAUGGAUAGUAACACGUUCGGACCGGUCCCAGUUGGGCUCAUCCAAGCCAAGGCAACGCACGUGGUCUGGCCUUACCGGAGGUGGGGUCGGGUGGAAAACAAACUGCUAAAACACCGCGCCCCACUUAAUCAAUCAGAACUGAAAAUGUUAAAUGACUUUGAAGAUACCAAACAGGAUGAAAGUGAAGGCGAAUCUGAAACCGAAGAAUCAAGCACGUGGAAUGCAAAUGACAUUGAUACAUUGUCUGACUGUGGUCUGGUACCCGGCAAAUUUGGACCAGUUUAAAAAUUCUUACACUGAGAAACGAGCGUUCGAAUGCGAUUCCUAGGUCGAGGAUCUGGAGGAUGGACCCCUUAUUUCAUCGAUGUACUCAGAAUCAUCUAAGCAGGGUUUUUUAUUUUAUUUUUUGUUUAUACAUAUAUUGAGAUUAUUUGUGUUUGUUGUCUUAUUCUACGUUUCUAGAAAAGCAAUUAAAACAUCCGCUAUUUCUUGUAAUUGCAUUCACGUAAAUCAAACAAAGAAUGGAAUACUGACAAGA